GAUCAUCGAAAACCAUGAACCCGUCAUUGAUGGAUUGAAUAUAGUAGGCUAUUUGGGUAAUGACAAGGUCGAUGUUGACAGGACCCGUGCUAAGGAAGGUCCCGUCCUUGCUCCCCGUGAGGUUGUUACUGUCACCGUUACGGAGACCAUUUGUGGACCUGUUGGACCUACCUCCGCUGGAGGCUCUCCCAUUACCUCGGUCCCUGAGACAACCCUUGCGACUGACACUUCUGGCCCAUCGUCUGGUCCCUCAGCUGUGCAGCCUCCCGCCGCAUCCCAAUCUUCUGGAGCCGAUGGCGCCACAUCUGCGGAGCCUACUUCGGCUGAAGCUUCCCCUAGUCCCUCUCAAGGACAGGCCACUACUACGCUCCAGACUAGCUCGGCUACCUCUGGCACUUCCACUCCUGCCGACAGCUCUGAGGCUCCUAGUACAACUUCAGUCUCCCCAACCCCGACGGAUGCGCCAGCUGCCAAUGCCGGGUUUACCCAAGGGGGAAUGA